GGGGCGGCCGCGGUCCGGCGGGCGGCAGCCGUGCGGGUCUGUGCGGAGCGAGCGUCCCAAUGGCAGCGCUGAAGUACGCGGGGCUGGAGGACACAGAUAGCGAGGAGGAGCUGCCGCCGGGCUGGGAAGAGCGCACCACCAAGGACGGCUGGGUUUACUACGCCAAUCACCUGGAAGAAAAAACACAGUGGGAACAUCCUAAGUCUGGGAAGAGGAAACGUGUUGCAGGAGGUCUGCCAUAUGGAUGGGAGCAGGAGACUGAUGAAAGUGGACAGGUCUAUUUUGUAGACCACAUAAACAAAAGAACUACCUAUCUGGAUCCAAGAUUGGCCUUUACAGUUGAAGAUAAUCCAGUAAAGCCACCUACUAGACAAAAAUAUGAUGGAAACAGUACUGCGAUGGAAAUACUUCAGGGUCGUGACUUGAGUGGAAAAGUGGUUAUAAUCACAGGAGCAAAUUCGGGAAUAGGUUUUGAAACAGCAAAGUCUUUGGCGCUGCAUGGAGCUCACGUUAUCCUGGCCUGCAGGAAUAUGUCAAGAGGCAAUGAUGCUGUACAACGCAUUCUUGAGGAAUGGCAUAAAGCCAAGGUAGAAGCGAUGACCCUAGACCUUGCUUCUCUUCGCAGUGUGCAGAACUUUGCUGAAGCAUUCAAAUCCAAGAAUAUGCCUCUUCACAUCCUGGUCUGCAAUGCUGCAAUGUUUGGUGCUCCGUGGAGUUUGACGGAGGACGGCCUGGAGUCCACCUUCCAGGUGAACCACUUGGGGCACUUCUAUCUCGUCCAGCUGCUGGAGGACGUCCUGCGCCGCUCCUCCCCUGCCAGGGUGGUGGUCGUGUCCUCAGAGUCACACAGAUUUACAGAAAUUAAAGACUCCUCUGGAAAACUUGAUUUCAACCUGCUUUCUCCAUCUAAGAAGGAGUUCUGGGCUAUGUUGGCCUACAAUCGUUCCAAACUUUGCAAUAUACUGUUCUCCAACGAGCUGAACCGACGCCUUUCUCCCCAUGGGGUGACGUCUAAUUCAGUCCAUCCUGGAAAUAUGAUUUACUCCUCCAUUCAUCGUAACUGGUGGGUGUACACUCUGCUGUUUAUCUUGGCUCGACCUUUCACCAAAUCCAUGCAACAAGGAGCUGCCACGACUGUGUACUGCGCGACGGCCGCCGAGCUGGAGGGGCUGGGUGGGAUGUACUUCAACAACUGCUGCCGCUGCCUGCCCUCGGCCGAGGCUCGCAAUGAGCUGACGGCCGCGGCCCUGUGGGAGCUGAGCGAGAGGCUGAUCCGCGAGCAGCUUGGCAGGCGGUCCCCGUGACGGAACGCCCCGCAAGCUCGGAACCUGCCAGCGCUGGAGCCCGUCCAAUCUUAUCAUCUAGAGGGUUUCCGUAUACCUCCGAUAGAGAUUAACCAGUGUUAAAUGAAAUAAUAGCAGUCACAACAGAGUGAAAAAUGUUAAGUACUAAUGGGAAACGGGGAAUACGGCGGGUUAAAGGGACAAUGCGGCUUCCUGGGGCUUAGUUAGUCCUGCUUCUCUUCUUUUGAUUAUAGCCUGUUCAAAGUGUAACCCAAGGAGGCAUGCUUUGUGCUAUUGCAGAAACGCGGUGCCACGGAUAUUCUCUGUUGUUUUGAUUAAUGGGUUAGGUAUGUAGCCCAAUAUGGGAUUUCCUCUUUAUUUUGAUAAUUACUGCCUGUUAGGCUGUAGGUAUCGAUCGGGAUAUGGUAGUGGUGUUGAUUCCUUUUCCCUGCAAGGGUUUUAUAGGGUGUGGCGAAUAAAAAGAUUAUUAAGGAAAGAGAUCUCUUCUGCCCUUGACUGUUGGCUGCAAAUACAUCCAUGCUAUCUAAAAACAGAGGGUGCAAGAAGACUUCUGAACAGAAAUGUCAAAAUCACAGCUAAUUAAAUAUUUCUUUUGUCUUAAAAGAUUAUAAUAAAAGAUACUUUGUAAACCAUUCCCUAAUAUCACAGAAUUAGCAAAGAUGAUGUUGUCUUCUAAAGAAUGCACAGGGUGUAAUCAGGGGGUUAAGUGGUAUUUUCAUCCAUUUCUCAGUUCACAGUUUUAAGGAGUUUGUUUUUGUUUUUUUUUCUUGGAAAAUUCACAGUUUCUCAGUUCUCCUGAUACUGUAUCCCAAUCCAAAUUUCUCUAUGUUUCUUUAAAUUUAAUAAAACAACAUGCUUGCUUGAAUAUUGUCACCUGAAGAGAAAGUUUGUCUCAUUUCUGCAAAUGUCUUAGUUAAUUUUUUUUUCUUAGAAAAGAAAACUUGAGGAAAAAUAAAGAGCUUCUCGUUGAUAGCAAGAGAAUGCUGAUUUUUUCUUGUUUCUUUCUGAGUUCUUUUCUUUGUUUUUUUUUUUUUUUUUAAUCUGUAUUUUGUGCUUUGUAGCUGUCUUCGUGCCAGAACGUUGUCCUAAGCCAUCAUCAGUCCAGCAUCACAUUUUCUGUGGACAGAAUAUAAACACAUAAAUAGAAGGACACAUUGUUAAUAGAAGCUUAUAUGACCCCCUUAUUAAAUGAUUUAUUGCUCGCAGUCUGUCUCUUACAAUUUGUCUCAUAUGGACUCAGCUGCUGCAUAGGUGUUCCAAUAAGGCAUGCAGUUGCCUGGGAGGAGCACUCCUAGCAUCCUCCUCUGGAAAGCCCCACCAUACUUCGGUAAGGAAUGAGGAUGUCACAGCUAUACCUAAAAGCCAUAUACUGUGUUCACUCUAAUUCUUGCAUUUCCAGCUAACCCUAGCUCAGUGUGAGCUCUCCUUAGAUGGCCAGCGUUCAGUCUCCUGUGCACGAGGGUGGAAAUCUCUGCAGGUAAGGGCUCUCUCUUUCUGUAAACUUCAAUUUCUUCAGUGGGGAAGCUGGGAGCUACUGCGCUCCGAUCGAGGCUGAAUCAGCUGACCCAGCUUUAUACCAAGGAAAUGAGGGCUUUUUCUUUCUUCCAAACCAUCUUUCAACCUUCUGCCCAAGUGCAGCCUCAGCUGCUGUCAACUUCCCCACUGAUGCUUUCUCGCAUCCCAACGCUGCAGCCUUUCCUAAAGCAGCAAUAAAAACAAUAUGGCCUUGCUUAUAUCUGCUGCACAGCCUGUGCUGCCACUGCCUUCCCUAAAUAAGCAAUCCU